GCCCCAUUCCACCUGUUCCGCGGUGCUCUAGUCCAGUGUGUGUGUGGGAGAGGCGGCCAGGCAGGCCAGGACUGCUGGGUAUAGUGUACCUAGGCUUAAACGACGCUGAAGGCAGCUUAGCAUGCUAGUGAAUGCAGUUUUAACAUGCUAGUGAAGGCAGUUACAGCCUAAUGCACCACCACCCACCAACCCGUCUUUCAUCUCGUCGUAAACCAGCGGAGGUAGAGGAACACGUCCGCGGCCAGGGCGACCUGAGGGCGCUGACGGAGGCGCGGGAGGGCGGGGGCUGGGAGCUGGCACGCCCUCAGAAGCGGCUGGUUCAUCAGUCAGCCCGCAAGUGGGGCACUGUCGAUACCCAGGACCUCCACGAGACCACUCGCGUCCAGGACGGACACGUGGUAACGGAGACGGAGCGUACGACUCAGCACGAGGACUACGAGAACGAGUCUUUGCCAGACUCCGGGUCGUCCUUGAGCGACGGGUCGGUGCACGAAGAGGCCCGCGAGACCCACCACAACAUCGUACACACCAAGGACGAGGACCUAGUCGAGUACUACGGUGUUCCCCGCGGCGGUACACUAGCUCAGGGCGUCAAGCUUGGAGAGGGGAUGCAUGUGGUGAGUGAGGACUUCCACGAGGACCGGGAGGGAGAAGACCUUGACUCCCUUAGUGAGAGACUUCGCCGAGCUCGCCGCCUCGGGACCCUUAAACCCAAGCCCCGGGACACUCCCGAGCGUACCGACGCCCUUACUCGCCGCCCUCUCGACUACCACCAGGAGGAGGAGACCCGCAAAUCAGAGACCAACCGCUGGUUGGAGAACCACUUCGGCAGCGAGUCGGGUCGUUCCGGCAGCUCCCAGCACGAGCCUGAAGAGGAGGGCGGUGUGCAAACAGUAGGCGGAAACGUCAUCACCAUUACCAUGAGUCCCCGGCCAGCCACACCCGAGGACCAGCCCGAUGCCCCUCCUCCGCCCAUACACAGGAGGGCGGGAUCAUCACUCGCACACACCCACUCGCAGGCGUCUAAAGCACCGCCGCCGCCACCACCCCCUAAACCAGCUGCAGCUUGGACACCGCCGCCGCCGCCCGCGUCAUCACAUCAACAGUCUUCACCACAUAGUGAGGAGAUCACAGACACCAUGAUCGCUGCCGCCCGAGCGAGGCUCCGGUCUACUGGCCGCAUCCUGGAUGACAGUGAUCAAGGCACUCCUCCCAUCAGUCCCGCCGCCACAAAUGGAACAAGGUUCACAAGCUUUCAAGAUCGGAUGCACAUAUUGCCAACCUCUGCAGGAACAUUUAGUUCGCCUCCAGUCUCCCCUACAGAGCGCUGUCAGCCCGUCGAUAGCCCAGUAUACGGAAGUAGAUUCAAAACUGGGAGCCCGAGUGGCAUCAUGCCCACACGGUUAUUUUCCACGCCCAACAGAGGUUCCCGGCCUGCAGCACAGUCCCCUCCAGACAGCCCCCCGCCUCCUCUCCCAGCCUCUCCACCUCCCCCACCAAGCAACAAUGUCAACAGAUCCCAGUCAUUCAACGUAAACUCAAAGAACUGGAUGAAUAGUAACUCAAAGAUCUCAUCAUCUCGUCUUAUGGACUCACGAUUGAAGGAGUACCGUAGUGAGGAGCAGCUGGACACAGUGGGUCACAGACCUGCCAGACGCUGGCCCCCGUCACAGAGGGAUGUCUCACCCGAAACCCCCAGAGAAUCCACCCCUCCUCCUCCCCCUCGUCAACGCAUAUCACACUCUGCUAAUACGAAUUAUACUCAUUACAAUACUGCACCCACCAGGUCCUCGAAGUUAUCUAAAACCUCUACGUUUGCAUCACAAACAAUUGCGCGGGAUUCAGGAACCCAGACUGAUCCAUCCCCAGUACCACCACCUCGUACCAAGAAAAAGAACAAACCUAAAACGUACUACUUUGGGCAGGAUUCUUCAUCUUCAACGUCUUCCUCUAACAGAGUACUAAGAACCACCACCAGUGCACCCACAACCAACGUGUCUUACACGAGCACGCCAAGUAAACAUAACCAGUCAUCUCCCAAAGUUGAAAGAAAGUUCCGCACAAGCAAAACAAUCACCCCUGUGAUAGUAUCCAACACCAACAGUACAAAACCCCAUUCCAUCUUGAAGAACCGUUCUUGGCAUUACCGUAGCAUGGAUGAGCUAAGUACUGGCGUGGAAAGCUCUCCCAAUGCCUCCUGGACUAACACAGUCGAUCCGCGUCGCCGCCCUCGUGACUACUCUCAACAAACAAAAGAGCCGGAGACACGAACGCUUCCCAAAAAACUGAUGAAUGGUACCUUGUCUCCUAGCAAAACUUAUAUCUUCGGUGGAGACACUACCUCGAGCGUGGGUCGCGUACGACCAGAGUCGUCAUCUCGCCUCCGAAGGACUCAUGGAGGAUCUAUGGUCAACGUGUCAUUAGCCAGCAUGUCCUCUCCAAAGAGCAAGGUUCACCUAGAACCAGAGGAUAGACAAUUACUGCCAGAGAACAGACACUCACCACGAGAAGAUAGACAGUCACCUCCAAAGGACAGGCACCCACCUUCAAAGGACAGGCGCUCGCCUCCACGGGACAGGCACUCGCCUCCACGGGACAAGCACUCGCCUCCACGGGACAAGCACUCGCCUCCAAGGGACCGGCACUCGCCUCCACGGGACAGGCACUCACCUCCAAGGGACAGGCACUCACCUUCAAUGGACAGUCAGUCACCUUCAAGAAGUAUCCGCCCUGUCAUUAGAAGUCAGAGUCUAAAUGUAAAGCCGGCACCCCUGAGCAUUGUGUCAUCUCCAGUAGGAGUGUCAACGAGUAAUGGUCUUUCUAGCCACCAGCGCACAUCCACUGUAUAUAAGUCUUCCCCAUACCUCAAUCUGAGAAGCCCCAAUCUUAUUGCCACCAUUGCUCGCUCCAACUCCACCAGACGAACUCCUGAAGACCAGAAUGGUGACUACGACCGAGAGGAGUCUCCACCUCCUGGUGAACGGCACAGCUCCCCGCGUCACACAACAGUUAGUUCUUCGCGUAACACUGCCGCCUAUAACAACCAUAACCCCCUCACUGUGAAUGGCCAAGAUAACCGGGAAGAUGAAAAGAGGAACAGAUUCAUGAAAGGCCUCUUAACAUCCGCUCCAGAGCUCUUCCAUUUUAUUCAUGGUGAUGAGGUGGAUAAGCAGGAUAAUGACAAUGGUCCUAACACCACUCGCCAGUCUUUCAACCCACCAGAAUCUCCACCGCAACUGAUUCGACCUCCAGAGUCGCCGCUGACUUCCCCACCGGCCACCUCGCCACCAGCUUCAGCACCUCGCAUCUUCACAUUCGGACGAGGAGAGGCGGGAUCUCAAAAGCGCAACCCAUCACUGUCCCAGGAGAGCAACAAUCGCUUCAGCAGUCUAGGACGGCCCCGGGAAAGCCUCACCAGUAACUACCGGGAUAACAACUCGAGUAGCCGCAGGGAUACCGCUUCCAACCAACGCAACAGUCUUAGUUCCCAAUACCAUCGUAACGCCGUCUUGAACAACAACAAUGGAACAAGCUCCCUUAAUCGGCCCAAAUUUAACCUAAAAUCUUCUGGAGGAUCUUCUCUGUUGUACUCCACCUCCUUCCGUAACAGACAGGACCAAGGCCCGGCCUCGCUGACCAGAAGGGGCUCUGACUCCAACGACCCCCCGACCCAGUCACAGAGGUGGAGGGAGCAGGAUGACAACGUUGUGACAGAGAAAGACAGGGGAAAGGUCGCCUCAAAUAUCACGCGGGACGGUGCUGUUCUCAUCCCCAUAAGAGACUGGAACAGCCGCUGAAGCAAUGGUGCUAAACUUAGAUGUAGUUUUAUACGGCUGAUGCGUGAAGAUUUCCGGAUCAACUAAUCAUACCAAACAUUUGUACGUUAUACUCUUUUUACAAAGCUUUUGGUUAGAUCCCGAGUAAAAUAAUAUUAAAAGCUCUGUGAGAGAAAAUACCAGGUAGUUUCCUCAAACGUCCGGUGACGUGACUUCGAAAGUCACACCAGUACGUCCUAUACCACAUGUAGUCAUUAUCAAACUAUUUAUUAACUCUACUGGAUGUCUCUGACACUCACGCUCGUAACAUUUAUAACUCGACUGGAAGGUGGAAAGCACAGAACAGGCUCAGAAGGUAGUGAGAGAGCUCUCCCAGCCUCGCAGUUGUGAGCUGAGGUUGAGCUCCAAGUGGUCCACCACCUGGCUUACCACCUGUUAAACCAGUGUUUGUGUCAGAUGGUGUGGCCCACCUCACUUGAUUCACCCAUGUACUGCUGCAGUGUUUGUGUCAGAUGGUGUGGCCCACCUCACCUGACUCACCCAUGUACUGCUGCAGUGUUUGUGUCAGGUGGUGUGGCCCACCUCACUUGACUCACCCAUGUACUGCUGUAGUGUUUGUGUCAGAUGGUGUGGCCCACCUCACUUGAUUCACCCAUGUACUGCUGCAGUGUUUGUGUCAGAUGGUGUGGCCCACCUCACUUGACUCACCCAUGUACUGCUGCAGUGUUUGAGUCAGGUGGUGUGGCCCACCUGCUGUAGCACUGUGACUACCUAGUGGGUAGCAACCCACCUAGCCUGGUACACCUACAGCAGGGUGACUUGCCACUUUAAGCAGUUAAACAGCAAGUUCGAGUAAUAAUGUUAUGUAUUGCCAUGUGUUGCGAAGGUUUCAAUGUGCCAUAGUGUUAGAGUUUAGGAGUGGAGUAUAGUGAGGGGGAGUGAAAUGAGCUUUAUUUGAAGUGCUAUGAGGCUUAUUGAAGGAGUAAGAGUGUGAAGUUGUGUUGUGAGGUGUGGUCGUUGGAGAGCAAUAUAGUGCAGCAUCGAGAGAGACCUAGAUUACGGGCUCACCUUAGCCCGUGCUACAUGGACACGUCGUUCUGAGUAGCUAAAUCUAAAACAGCAACAAGACACCUAGAGCUGGGAUACAGAUGCCUCAAGUUUGAGGCGCUUGAGGUCCACCUUCACUCCCUCCUCCGCCCCCAUACUUAAUAUGCAUUUCUUUAGUUAGGUAAUUUAUCUUGACCUUUUAUAUAAUGAGAACUUACUAUAUAACUCAAGCGUUCAGUAUACCUUAUAACAUGCAUCAUACCUCUUGGCCUUUACGCUGUAAGUGGCGUAGCUGACGCAUUGUUUGGCGACGGUUAAAUGCUGUUCUCGAUUGAUUGAUUGAUAAAGAUUAAGCCACCCAAGAGGUGGCACGGGCAUGAAUAGCCCGUAAGUGGUACAAUGCUGUUCUCACUCAGCUCUCAUUUAUACAGCGUUGUUAAUCCUAGGUGCCUUAUGUUAAACUUUGAAUACAAGUUAAAUUUACAAGAUGAACCGUCGACUUAGCUUUAAUGGUGUGUGAGAGCAGCGUCACGUGACCUGAAUCGAAGCAUUUGGGCCGUUAACAAUCUUGUGCUAUUACAAAGAACGUAUUUUGGCCUUAAAAGAACCUUCUGUUGGCUUCCUUACUUACCUCAAAGAUUCUUAACUCUUGGCUUCAUCACUUAUCGGAAAGAAUCAAGAGACAACGACGUUUCGGUCCGUCCUGCUCCAGGACGGGGCCGAAACGUCGUCUCCUCUUCAUCUUCUCGGGCCAGAUUCACGAAGCAGUUACGCAAGCACUUACGAACCUGUACAUCUUUUCUCAA